ACCGGAAGAGAGUUCCCGGCAAGUGUUUUUCUGUUUACAGGUUACAGGCCACCGUCAUAUAGCUGGAAUAUUGCUGAGUGCGGCGAUAAACAACCAACCCAUCCUCAGAAUUAUUUAUUUAAUCAAGCCAGCUGAUCAUGGGGCUGUUGACAGACCCCAAACAGAGGCAGCGGCUUGUGGCCAUUAUCUCCAAGUACAACCAGAAGCUGAGCAUCCUGCUGUACGUGGCGGGACUGGUCUGGUUCCUCCUCCUUGCGUACCAGCCCCUCAACGCCAGCACCUACUUCUCCGAGAACGCCCUGCUUCCGGGUCUCGUGGAGAACGAGUUCUACAACGAUGCUGAGAUCAGCAACUUUAAUAAACAGCUGAUGGAACAGCUGAAGAAGGAUGAAAAGACAACUCCUAAAGACUGGAUCUAUGAGCAGUUCCGGAGUUUUGGUCUGGAUGUCUACACGCAGAACUUUUCACUGAAAUACCCAUUUGGGCCAGUCGAUAAAGAGAUCCCAGGGAGGAACAUCUAUGCGAUCCUGCGAGCUCGCCGCUCGUCUAGCACUGAGUCUGUCGUAAUAUCAGCGCCACUCCGUCCCUGGCUGGCUGAGGAUGAGCAGACCAGUGGGGGCAUCGCCGUCAUGAUGGCGCUAGCGAGACACUUCAGAAACAAGCCCUACAUAGCCAAGGAUAUCAUCUUCCUGAUGCCAGAGUAUGAUGAGGUGGGGAUGCAGGCCUGGUUGGAUGGCUAUCACGGGACCACGUCGGAGUUCAUCUUCCCUGGCCGACUACCCGGACGUAGUGGUCAGAUCCAGGCCGCUCUGAACCUGGAGAUCCCCCCUGAGAAGACAGCCUAUCUCAACAUUAAACUGGAGGGCAUCAACGGUCAGCUCCCCAACCUCGACUUCGUGAACCUCGUAGUCCGUCUCUGCCGCAAGGAAAGAGUCAAGGUCACACUCAACAAGAUGGACGACUACAUGUACGACCCUGAGACGUUCGAAGGCUACACCCAUGCUCUGAAGACCAUGUUGAACAUGAUGUGGUAUCAGGCAUCUGGCUCCCCUACAGGCAACCAUGGACUGUUCCACAGGUUUCACAUUGAGGCUCUGACCUUGAGUGGGGAACCUGAGAAGAGGGGAAGAAGUGUUGGACUGGACAAGUCAGGAAGGAUCGUGGAGGGCGUGUUCCGCAGUCUGAACAACCUCCUGGAACGUUUCCACCAGUCCUUCUUCUUCUACAUCCUGUCAGGCACGCAGAGGUACAUCUCCAUCGGCAUCUACAUGCCCCCCUUCGCCCUCAUGGUGGCCGCUGGCCUCAUCAAGGCCCUAGCAUUGUGGAUUGGCGCCGACUCCUCUCAGAAGAAGCCAGAGGCUGAUUCAGCAGCUGUUCAAGAUGCAGAUAAGGAUGGAGAGAAGAGUGAAGAAGACAAAGCGGAGAAGAAAAAGGAAGAGCAGAAAAAGGAAGAUUCGGAGCAGAAAAAGAAGGAAAAGAGAGAGAAAAUGGAGAAAGAAAAGAAGAAGUUGGAAGAAGAUGAGGAAGAAGAUGAGGAAGAGGAGGAGGAAGAAGAAGGAGAGAUAGGAGAUGAAUCUGAAAUGCCCCAGCAGGUCGGACUCCGUAGCCUGCUGCCGGUCGUCUUCAUCUGCAUGCUGCUCGGCUUCCUGGCAUACUCCGGACCUAACCUCAUGGCCCAGUUCUCCACGCCGUUCCGGCUGCGCGUGCAGGACUCGCUGCUGUUUGGUCUCCUGGCUCUCUUCUGUGCCUCUCUGCUGUAUCCCAGGAUGAUCAAAAAGAAGUACAACGAGUCGGACAAGUUCCAGGUGGACUGGCAGACGCUGAAGAGCAUCGGCCUCAUCCUGCUGUCCCUCAUCCUGUUUGCCAUCGCCCUGAUGAACAUCUCCCUGGCCUUCUUCCUCACGGCCACCAUGAUGCCCGUCUGCACGUUUGUCGUCCCCACAAAGAGCAGGAUUCUGACAUGGCUUCAGAAGCUGCUGCUACUGCUAGUGUCCCCUGCAUCGUUCCUCUUCAUCAGCGCUGUCAUUUACACCCUCGUGCUGGGGGACAAGUACAGCGGCUACCUGGACCUGCUGAUGUCGUCGUGGAUGUACGUGAAGCAGAGUGUGUUGAUGAGGCUGCUGGACCAGUGUUUCUUCGGGAGCUGGACCUACACAGUGAUGAGUCUCGUCGUCUUCCCCAGCUGGUUGAUGUUCUGGGGGGUGCCUCACUGUGAGCCCUAGGGGUGCAUGGGGGGGGACAGUCUAGUCGUUGUUGUUUAUUUAUAAGGGAACAGUUCAAAAGCUGAAUGUCGAAUAAAAAUCUUAAUUGUUUUUGUUAAGGAAAGGGAGGUUAACAAGUCGGCAAGAUUUCCAUCAGACAUAACAAGUCAGUUCAAAUAACAAAUAACAGCUCUAAUCAUCAUUUUUUCUUUGAAUAGGAAAGGAAUUUAAAUGAGUAGAGUACAAAGGCAGUCAUUUUGAAAUACUCCCAAGUUUUGCCACACCAACAACUCUGGAUAUUAUUGCAAUGUAGCCUUCAUUGACAAAAGAAUCUCUUUGAGGGUUGUCAGCAUUUUCUGAACGAAAUUUUGGAGGGAGGCAUGUCUUAAAACUUAAUGAAUUAAGGCAAUUAUUCUAUAUUGAAAUUUUGAAAUGCUCCCCAAGUGCACGUAGACGUUGAAUGUACGGGACCUGGUAUGACAACUGGGUUGAGAUUUGACAUCAUUACAUGAAUCUGACAAGUGAAAACUGCUGAAAUAUUAUUUCCAUUUAAUUUAAUAAAAAGUGGAACAUAAAUUAUUUCAUCUGAAACUGUAAACUUUAGAAUUACUGCAUUACAUAGAAUAUUUGUUUUUUAGAUCAACAAUGUUGUAAUUAUUUUCAACAGGUAAGGUCAGAUUAUUUAUAAUGUAUUUUGCUGAAUAAGACUAUGUUUUCAAAGUUGGCUUAAACUAUUGCAGUUCAUGAAAUGUGUUCAUAGCAUAGCGUAUUCGCCGUAAUAAACGCCCUGGGCAUUUGACAUAGGGGUGCUUAUUAAAACAAGUUAAAUUUAUGACAAUGAAAUAAUAAUUUGUAUAGCGCCUAAUUUCCAUCAUACGGUGCUCAAUAGCGCUGAAAUUUGUAGUUCUUAAGUCGAGCAGUAUAUAUUAAACGUAGUUCAAACGUCAAUGAAACUAAACCUUUUUCGAUAAUAGUUACUUGGCAGUCAUAUAUCCCUUUUAUACUCCUGUGUUUUCUGUAAUGAAUCUAUAAUUUACACAAAUAACGAAUAAAUGUUUGGGCUAAAAGAUUACAUACAGACUGCUCUAAUUGCUAAGGGGGCACUUAUUGGAGCGGGGCGUUAAGUACAACGAAUACGGUACUUGUACGUGUUGUGUGUUCCUUCUUCUUGGACAAUGCAGGAUUUGAGUGCUAAUCCUAAUCUUAAUAGUGAAAUGGUGGUACUUCUGUUACUACAAACAAGCGGGGCAAGUAUGGGCCUGUAGACAACAGUUCAGCAAUAAGCGGAUACUGCCCCUCGCAUUUACUUGGCCAACACUGAUACGAGGAUUUAUUUCAGUUGUCCAUUUUGUUGUGAGCAGUGAACAUGAUUAAUUUAUUACCAGAAUAUCUGAUACCAUGCUGUAUGUUUUAAUCCCGGACUUUUAAUGAUGAUCUGGUGAUCUCAGUAUAGUCAAGUACAUCACUUGUUGUUGUAAUGGUCACAAGUAAUCCAUCACAAGAUUUUGUGUUGGGCAUCUCAAUGAGGUAGCGUUCUGAAACUUGUGGAGCUGAUCAGGUGACAAACCUGUGGUCGACAGUGUGAGCAGGCUAUAUAAUCAUGAGUCGAAUUAUGUUGUGUCUUCUGUCUAAGUGAGUGGUCAUGGCGCUGCAUUAUUAUCAUACUGGUCAGUUGAUCAGUGCGUUCAAAUUUCAUUCUCAGCUCCCUGGGGAGUAUACAAUUCAAGCUGCCUUGUGAGGCACGAGAGGGCUUAUAGUCACAUCAACAUCUCAUUCCGAGUGGAUAGUCAUACACUGCGUGAACAUGAUGAGACGAGUGUUGGCAAAUAUUCAUCCUUGUAAGAUUAGGUUCAUCAGGGGAUUCACGAUGAAUUCAUUCUUGCAAGUCAACCAGGUGAAUGGGCAGAGGUGGAUGCGGUCAAAUGCAUCACAAUCAUCACCAAGCCACUAACACCCGAACUGGAAACCAGGUUGAAUUUCUUGCAGUCACGGUGAAUGUGCGAAAUAUAGUCCAUGAAAUAGAUCAACUUGUAAUCUUUGGAUGGAUUUUGCUGUAAAUUUGCGAAAAAAUGUCCCCUAAACAAAAGCUGCCAUUAUGGCUGUAUGCGUCCAAUGUGCAGUGCUAUUCGAUUGUCUUUGUUUCAGUUAAUGAAAGCUUACCUACUGGUAGUCAUGUGACAAGUUUGUAAAACGAUAAUGACCAGGUAAUCCUCUCCAGGACCCCGUUCCACCAACCUAUCUUAGCGCUAAGACAAUCGUAAGUCUAUGUUGCAGGUUUGUUUGUCUGUUGUUUAAUGCCGCACUCAGCAAUAUUCCAGCUAUAUGACGGUGGUCUGUGAAUAAUGAAGUCUGGACCAGACAAUCUAGUAAUUGACAUCAUGAGCAUCGAUCUAUGCAAUUGGGAUACGAUGACAAACAUCAACCAAGUCAGCCAGCCUGACCACCCGUUAGUUGUUUAUGACAGACAUAGUCGACUCUUACAGCAUGAGUUGCUGAAGACCUGUUCUUACACCGGAUCUUAACGGGUCCAGAUGUUGAGUUAAGAUGUUCUUGGCACUAAGAUCAGUUUGUGGAAUGGAGUCCUGGAUCUUCACUGCCUUGGAAUCUCUGAGGAGGGGUAGUGGAGUGACUUCAUGCUAUGCAGCAUAGUGAUGCGUUUGACGACAUGAUCAUGUUCCUAGAUUGACCACUCACUGUGUUGCUUAUAUAUUAACAUGUACGUUAUUUGUGGAACAAAUGACUUAGUAGAAUGGAACAGUGUGCAAUUGAAUGUUGUUUCUGUGUCGUGAUUUCACAAAGGCAAGAUCAAAUUAUUUUCAUAUUUCACUGACAUAAUCUACCAUAACUUUUGUAAAAAUGAAAAGUACUAUAUUCUUAUACUUUUUGGGAGUAAAGCUUUUAUUUCAGGUGGGUUGAAAAUUAACCCCAAUCAUCCCAUAAUAGCACCAAAACCUGUAAAACAAGACAUAUUGGUCUGGCUUCAGCAGUUUAGGAAUGCUUAGGAAGAAACAUUGUUGGAAUAAGUUUGCAGCUACAAGUUUAUGGUUUUGCUCAGAACAAAGAAAAAUGAAUGUUUAGUUUUUCUUGAAGAUUCAAUCAUGCUUAUCAAUGUUCAUGCACUUUCACUUGUAUGUAUUAUAUGUGUGUGUGCGUGAUGCUAUGGUCGUUGUUGAAUGUUUGAUGUCAGUGAAUCACAUUCCCACUCAACUAUGCAUAUUCUUGUUACUCUAUUUCUAGAAUAAAUAUUUUACUGAAAAACUAAACUUCGUGAUUUUUCUAUAGAUCUGUAUCCAGGAUAGAGGAAAUAUUCAUGCAUUGUUAAUUUACCUUGUUCAAUUUCUGGAUUCCAUUUCUGAUA